AUGUCGAAACCAGUUCUAGUUGUCAUCGGCACUGGAUGGGGAGGGUUCACCCUCACUCAGAAAGUUUCGUUGAACAAAUACGAUGUGAAAGUCAUCUCACCAAUUCGAACGAUCCAGUAUACUCCGUUACUCGCCAGCGCAGCAUGCGGUCUUUUCAACUUCCGCCUGGCGGAGGAGCCUGUCCGAAGAAAACAUAGGACAGACCAAGAUUACUACAAAGCGAUCGCCGAGGACAUCGACUUCGAGAAGCGCAUAGUUCGGUGCAAGACCGACGCCCCUACCGCUAAUGAAGACCCAACCUACUUCGAGGUCGAAUACGACAAGAUCUGCAUUGCGCCAGGAUGCACAACUCAAGACUUUGGGACGCCGGGAGCGAAAGAGCACGCUCUUUUCUUGAAGACGACGAAUGAUGCACGCCUCAUUCAGCAGCGCAUACUCCAGAUGUUGGACAAAGCCUCGCUACCCACAACCAGCGAGCAAGACCAGGAAGAUUAUCUCAACAUCCGUAUCGUCGGCGGUGGUGCCAUCGGCAUCGAGGCAGCCGCUGAACUAUGGGACUUAUGGUUCGAGGACAUGCGUUUCUUGUUCCCUCAUCUGGACGGCAAAUUGAACAUUACCAUUCACGACGUUGCGCCCAAAAUUCUCACCACAUUCGACGCCCGGCUCAGCGAAUACGCGACAAGCUCAUUGCAAGGAAAGCACGUCAAGAUCAAGACAGGUUCCCACAUCCAGAAGGUGGAGGCCGAUGCGAUCUUUACCAAAGAAGAUGGUCGCUUGCCCUACGGACUGCUCAUCUGGGCCACUGGAAAUAAGGUGAACCCUUUGGUAGACAAGUUGGAAGUGAAGAAGCCUGAGGGCGGAUUACCUCGAAUCCUCACCGACAAGUAUCUUCGGGUACUGAGACCUGACGGGAGUCCCAUGGAGGGCGUCUAUGCGCUCGGGGAUGCAGCCGAUAUCGAGGGUGAAUCUUUGCCAACAUUGGCAGAAGUGGCACUGCAAAAGGGUGAGUACCUCACCAGUGUACUCAACUCUGAUGCCCAGGCUGCACCUUUCACUUACAAACAACGGGCGCUCCUGGCAUAUCUGGGUCGUCACGAUGGCAUCAUUGGCGGUCGACAGGAGUGGACAGGUAUAAGUGCAUGGCUUGCUUGGCGUUCUGGAAGUUUGGGAUGGACGAGGAGCUGGAGGAGAAAAAUCAUGAUUUCGAUCAGUUGGCUCUUCAUUUGGAUUGCCGGGAGAGAUAUUGCGAGGCCGUAG